GGGGUGCUUCCUGCGCACGGUCACCUGCUGGCCCGGGACACAGAGCCGCGAGCUCGUGGCUAACGGCCCUCCGCAGGGGACUCCGGGGAUAGCGGUUGGGCGGGGUCGGGCCCGCGCCCCGGAGGUCCGAGCCGCUACCGUUACCGCUCGCCUCCGCGGUCAGAGCGGACCGCAGCCUCCUCGCCCAGCGGGUGGUGAGAUUUCCCGGCCUUUGGGGCAGGCUCCGCUGCCGUUACCUGGGCUUCCGAGCACCUAGGCAGGUAGACGGCCUCCGGGAGAGGCGGAGUGUCGUUCGUGCGCUGGCCCCGCUCGGAUGGGUCCAGGGGAGAGUUCCAGGGAAUAUGCUCGGCGUGGAUCACAGUGAUGAGAGGGGGUCCAGAAAGUGCCUAAACAUAAAGAAGCUCAUGAGAAGUUUACCUGAAACUUAAUCUUCCCCUGCACAAGUGAGAGGAGUCAGUGCCUCACAGUUCUGUUUGCUCUAAGUUCUCAGAACUUAGCACGCCUUUGUAGCAGGACAAUGCACACUCAUUGCAAAGCCAAGAAACACCACUAGGAGGCUGCUGCUUUAGAUCGGUGGUGUCCUCGGAUCUUGGCAUAAGCACAAGGAACCAAGAGUUGACUUCACGAGGUCAGAAAGCUGUGCCAGGCAGCACCCAGACCUGGGCCUAGGAUCGGGAGACGGGAGCGGAGGUCAGGGAAGCAAUCCUGAGUCAUGACUCAGCAACCACUUCGAGGGGUGACCAGCCUGCGUUUCAACCAAGACCAAAGCUGCUUUAGCUGUGCCAUGGAGACGGGCGUCCGCAUCUACAACAUGGAGCCGUUGAUGGAGAAGGGACACCUGGACCACGAGCAGGUGGGCAGCGUGGGCCUGGUGGAGAUGCUGAACCGCUCCAACCUGCUGGCCCUGGUGGGCGGCGGUGACAGUCCCAAGUUCUCCGAGAGGUCAGUGCUGGUCUGGGAUGAUGCCCGGGAGGGCAAGGACUCCAAGGAUAAGCUGGUGCUGGAGUUCGCCUUCCCCAAGGCAGUGCUGGCUGUGCGCAUGCGACACGACAAAAUUGUGGUUGUGCUGAGGAACCGCAUCUAUGUGUACUCCUUCCCUGGCAGUCCCCGGAAGCUGUUUGAGUUCGACACCCGGGACAACCCGAAGGGGCUCUGCGACCUCUGCCCCAGCCUGGAGAGACAGCUGCUGGUGUUCCCAGGACACAAGCGCGGGAGUCUGCAGCUCGUGGACCUGGCGAGCGCAAAGCCAGGCACUUCGUCCGCGCCAUUUACCAUCAACGCCCAUCAGAGCGACGUGGCCUGUGUGUCCCUGAACCCGCCGGGCACCGUGGCGGCCUCGGCCUCCCAGAAGGGCACCCUCAUCCGCCUUACUGACACGCAGUCCAAGGAGAAGCUGGUGGAGCUGCGCCGAGGCACCGGCCCUGCCACCCUCUACUGCAUCAGCUUCAGCCACGACUCCUCCUUCCUGUGCGCCUCCAGUGACAAGGGCACGGUCCACAUCUUUGCCCUCAAGGAUCCCCGCCUCAACCGCCGCUCGGCGCUUGCUCGGGUGGGCAGAGUCGGGCCUAUGAUUGGACAGUACGUGGACUCUCAGUGGAGCCUGGCGAGUUUCACAGUGCCCGCUGAGUCAGCCUGCAUCUGCGCCUUCGGUCGCAACACUUCUAAGAAUGUCAACUCUGUCAUUGCCAUCUGUGUAGACGGGACCUUUCACAAAUACGUCUUCACUCCUGAUGGGAACUGCAACAGAGAGGCUUUCGACGUGUACCUUGACAUCUGUGAUGAUGAUGACUUUUAAGGACCCUGUGGGUUGUGCUGUGGGACCUGCAGUGGCAAAGCACAAAGCAUUUAUGGGAGUGGGCGUGCUGAAAGCCACCAGCCAGCAGGCACUCAUGGGGCAGGUGCACACUUUCCCCACCUCAGAGCAAUGCCCAAACGGCUCAUUUCUCCCAAGCACUGCUUGACUGUGUCCUUGAGGGCUGUGUGCCCACAGGGCUGGGCCAGAGACCCAGAGGGGCAGCAGAUGCCCUGGGGCUCCCAGCCUGGAGAAGAGGACUAGGUCCCCAGAGGAAGUGUCCUGAUCCAACCUGUGGGGAUAAAAAUUUUUCCCAGAAAGCCAAUCAAUGAUAUGAUGAAUUUGAAUAAAAAUUAAUAG